AUGGUAAACGAACGAACGCCCACACGUGAUUCGGGUGAUACCGCGCGAUCCCCUCAGAGACCCCGCAGAGAGGGCCAGAAAGAGCUGGAACAGCAUGUUGCGCAGGGUGACACAGAUGACGAGCGACUCGUCAACGCCCCUCUUCGUCACACAGCGAUCAUUUGUCGGGCGGUGAUAUCACGAGACCUGCUGCGUCGGGAUUUGCCAGCUCAGAUUUGGAGAGGAGAAAUGAAGGGCGACGAAUCGUUUCGUACCUCCAGCACAUUCACUGAAGCUUUCCAGGGUGCUGCCGAAGUUCGAGUGGGUAUCUGUAUGAAAACACCGACACCUAAGUAUACGACAACACAAGCACCGUCGUGGGACGAGCGAAAAGUGCCGAAGAUAGCCCAAGACGACGACUGCCGCCCAUCGAUUACACAGAAGAGCAGAGUGCGCUCCGGUAUCCGAGGCGGGGAACUUCGAGUGGGACUGAGUGAGAAUGGGAAGCUUGCGAUGCUGACAACAAGGGUGCUGUGGAAAGAUGUGGGGCUGGUUAACUAUAGCACAGACAUUCUUAACUUCACCCUCCUUAGAAAACGAGACGAUUGCCUCGACAACGAACAAGUCAUAUUGUGCACAAGCUAUGGUACACUAGAUCAAGCAUAG